AUGUCCGACUUUACGACGGAAGCCUUCACGCUUCUCGGCGUAGCAAUUGGCGUCAUCGUUUUGCGGACGUACGCGCGGGUCAAGGCCGUCGGCAUUAAGCAUCUGCAGGCAGAUGACUACCUGAUGCUGCUCGUUGCUGUCACAUACUCUGCCGAGACCGCCCUGGCAUACAGUGUAGGGGCCUACUGGCGCGGCCUGGCGAAUAAUGGCAUGACGGACGAGGAGAGGAGGAACCUCGACCCCGCCAGCGAAGAGUUCAACAUCAGGGUCAACGGGUCCAAGACGCAGAUCGCGGGAUGGAUCACGUACAGUUGCCUUGUGCUUUGGCCCGCCAAAGCCGCCAUGUGCACUUUUUACGUGCGCCUUACGGAAGGACUACACAAUUACCGAAAGCGAAUCAUUUGCGGGUUCGUCCUUAUCAUAGUGACCUGGCUGGCGGUGUUCUUCUCCAUCAUCUUCAGCUGCCACCCGAUACAUAAGAACUGGCAGAUCUACCCCGACCCGGGCAAUCUCUGCCAACCAGCCAUCUCCAAAAUUAACAUCCUCGUCACCGUCGUCCUCAACGUCAUCACAGAUCUCUACCUCCUGAGCAUCCCGAUCCCGAUGCUGUGGGGUGCGCAGCUGCCCCUGAGAAAGAAGCUCGGUCUCAUUGUGCUAUUCUCGGGAGGCAUCUUCGUCACCAUGGCCGGCAUCCUACGCUGCGUUCUCAUCAUCUCGAACCCCGUCACCGGCGCACAGCAAGCAGGCUCCUGGGCCGUCCGCGAGACCUUCGUCGCCAUCGUCACCACCAACAUCCCGAUGAUCUUCCCCCUCGUCCGCCGCUGGCUUACCCCCAUCUUUGGCUCCAUCACGACCACCCUGUCACGGGGCACCAACAACAGAUACGGGAACUCGAAGCGGUCGAACCUACCGGCUCCGGGGAGCAUUAAGCUCGGCGACGUCACGGAUGGCGGCAGCAGCAUCGGCGGCAGUGGCGCCCGGAAGAAGGGUCGCCCGCCAUUUAGUCAGUACCCUAUCACCGAGUUCACGCUGUCCGGAAGCGAAGAGCACCUCAACAAAUCGCCGCCCCUGCCAGGGGUCAUCAGUAAGAACGUGGAGAUUCGGGUCGAAGAGUCGAAGAGAGACAUUUCGAGAAGCGGCACGGGGAGCAUGGAUAGCAGCAUGGAGAGGGGGGACGCCUACUUUACGGUUGACGUUGAUGGACCCAGCGGCGGCGGCGGUGACACGCCCAAGGCGACGAGAGGAGCAAGAGCUACAGGGGGAGCAUGA